GUAGUUGGCCAAGAAGUUAAAAGAGGUAAUAAUUAAGUGGUAUAAGCUAAGUAUGUGUGGAUACAUAAUAUGAUGCAUAACUCUUAAUUAGCAUGCCCUAACUGACCACAAAAAUUGCCGGGUGACAAAAGAAUUUAAAUGGUGCAUUACUUGGGAGGGUGAAAAGCAUGGACAAUUGUUUAAUCAAAAUCAAUAUAUACUACGUUAAUGCAUGCAAUUUCGCGGCAGAUAGAUUUUUCAAAACAAAAUCAUGCAUAUGGUGAGUUUUCCCCUUAGGCCUUUCCUCCAUUUUCAUAACUCCAAAGCCUCCUUCGGAUGACACUCUAAUAAGAUUUUAGAUCCCUCUUGGCAAGAUAUGUGUGACCAUUUUAAUAUUUGAACCUAUUAUAAUAUAUUUCUACUCCCUUUAUAUCCCUUCCUCUUCUCUUCCUCUUGAUCCGAUCUUUAUCUUCUGGGAAGGUAAAAGAUGUCGGGUGGUUUGGAUCUCACGGGGUGCAAGAAGAGGAAGAGAAGUGAAAGAGUUUAUAAAUUCAAGACAUUUGGCGAGCAUGGCUGCCCGACAGGAUUUGACAGCCAUAACUUCGAGGAAAACGUUAGGGCUUUCUUGGAAUACGCGAAGCCAGAGAAUGGAUUGUGUGGGGCCAUGCCGAGCUGGUCGUUUCAGCUCGAAGUCCACCGCCACCCGCCGUCGUACGUCUUCCUCUUUGUGGUGGAGGAACCAAUUGAGCUAUCCCUCAACCCCAAGUGCAAGCAUUGCCAAUAUAUAGGAUGGGGUGACCAUCUAAUUUGCAACAAGAAAUACCAUUUUGUGUUCCCGUCAAAGGACACAAUGGCGGCUUGUUUCAGCUUCUGUCAGCGGCAAAGCAGCAGUAACUUGUACGGUGGUGGCGCCGCCACGAAUCCGACGACGUCGGAGAUCCAACGGCCGAAUGUGAUGAUGAUUGAGUUGGAAGGGCAUACGAUGCACGGCGUUUUCCAUUGCAAUGGGUUUGGGCAUUUGCUAUGCAUCAAUGGCUUGGAGACUGGCUCCAAUUUGGCUGGCCAUCAUAUCAUGGACUUUUGGGAUCGCUUGUGCACCGGAUUACAUGCCAGGAGUGUGAGUUUGAAAGAUAGCUCGGAGAAGAGGGGGAUGGAUCUAAGGCUGCUAUACGCGGUGGGAUAUGGCGAGGCGUGGUUCGGGAGGUGGGGGUACAAGUUCGGGCAUGGCAGCUUCGCGGUGAACCACCAAAUGUAUGAGACCGCCGUCCAAACCGUGCAAAACAUACCGCUAACCCUACUGGCUCAUCACUCCCCAAAUCAACAUGAAUUGCUCAUCAUACUCUCAAGGUACCAAAUCCUCUCCGGCCAUUCUUUGGGCACUCUUCAUGACGCUUUCCACUUCAUGCUGGAACUCAAAUCCCGCAUCCCUAAAGAUGAAACCAAUCUUGGAGCUUGCUAUCCGGGGCUGUUGGUGGUGGACAGCACUUGUAGAUGGUCACCCAAACGAGUGGAAAUGGCUAUAAGGGUGAUUGUGGAGGCCUUGAAACGAGCCGAUUACCGGUGGGUUUCUCGGCAGCAAGUUCGGGAUGCAGCUCGUAGCUACAUAGGUGACACUGGGUUGUUGGACUUUGUCCUUAAAUCUCUAGGUAACCACAUAGUUGGCAAGUACCUAGUACGACGAUGUCUGAACCCGGUGACCAAAGUGUUGGAGUAUUGUUUGGAGGACAUCUCUAAUGCAUUUCCUAAACACGAAGAAAUUCAGGGUGGAGUUAGGGUGAGGAAUGACUCACAAUUACAAAUGAAACCUAGGUAUAAAAUCACUAGGGUUCAGCUCAUGAAGGAUGUGCAAUUCCUGUACAAGCAUAUUCUCACGGAAGAAAACGGGGCAGGGGUUGGGGUUUUCGCCACCAUCCCGGCAGCAUCUAGGGUGAUUUUGGACGCCAAGUACUUUCUUAAGGACUACACUACCCCAAAGCUAUUGGAAACAUCUGAUAAUAAGUUGGUUGUAUGGUGUGCUAUAAAGCUCGGGUUCGACCAAGAAAGAGUAGUGACACCGUACGAGUGCAUGGUACUAGGAAAGGGUACAACGUUUGAUGAACUAAGGCUCGAGGUGGAGAAGACCUUUAGGGAGAUGUACUGGGGGCUAAGGGUGAACAACUUCGUGGCAAACUUAAACAUCGCCCCCAACGGGUGUGACUCCGUGUUGGAGGCCAUCAAAGAGGGGAGCAACUGCAAGUUGGUGUUCGAGGGGUUUGUGGGUGGAGAGAAUGUGGACUAUGGAGGGAUGUUCGAAGGGAUAGACAAGAGUAGCAUUAUUGUGGACUGCCCUUGCGGGACUAGAGACGAGGACGAUGGUGAGAGAAUGGUGUGUUGCGAUAUAUGUGAGGUUUGGCAGCACACUCGCUGCGUUCACAUCCCAAACAACCAACCAAUUCCCGAUAUAUUUCUGUGCACCAAGUGCGAGCAACAUAUAUUGCGUUUCCCUUCUCUGCCAUAGAUAAAUCUCGUAAAAAGAAAUAAGGGUGCAAGAGGUUCUUAC